AAGAAUGUCACUUUUGCUUCAGUAAAGGUCAAGUAACAGAAAUUCACAUAAACUUCUUCUUGUCUUCCAUAUCUUUAAUAAAAGUUUGCAGCGUGAUGAAAAUGGAAUAAUAAUUCACUUUCGAAACAUGAAAUAGAAAGUCGAAAAAGAUUUUACGAACAAUUUGGAAUUUUAAAAUAGUUAAAAAAAUAUGUGCUACAUUUAAUUGCUUUAUCACAGUUUUGAUAUUUUACGAAAUGUAAAUAUAAUGAGCUUAAAAGGAUUACAUUUAUAGUUUGUUCGAAUUUUAAAUUUUCUAAAGCUACACCAAAAUAUUGCUAGAAAACAUUUGCCACUGGUUGAAAGUGAGAAUAUUAAAGCAUUUCGUUAGAAAAAAGAACCCAUUAUUAUUACACUUUCAAUUUGUAGCACUUUCUGUUGAAGACGAAAUGGUGUUUGGCACAAAUGCGCUUGUUUUUCACAACAAACACGAAUUUAACCUUCACUCGAUAAAAAACAAACCUUGAGACGAGUGAUAUAUGUUUUAAUGUCAUCUGAACACACACUAUCUUUUCUUUUUGCUAAUUCUAUUACGACAUAAUUGACCUCCACAUUUACCACCAUCAACCCUUGCCUUGUCCUGUAACCAUGCGAUGGAUGAACGAAAAAAAAACGUUUCAACUUCCACAUAAACAGUGUCUCAGUACCACCGUAUGCCAAAGCUGUGGCAGAUGGAUGAUUAUGACGAGUGUCUUCAAUCCUCUGGACCGAAUGAACCGGCCGGUGUGUACUGUACCAGUGCAGUCGUAGUGAAACCGGACAAUCGUUCCGAGCUUUGGAGAUUGAUCGAGGAAUUCUCCAGCGACUAUAAGCGCCACUAUAAUCAUCAAGUGCUGAAAUGGGGCGUAUGUAUAAAAAAGUGUCAAAAAGCGAUCGAAAACCUAUCACCCCAGGCGAGGAAAGGGCUAACGGUGGAAAAGUUCCCGAUUGAUGUUAGGUACAAAUUCGAGGAUGGUAUCUUGGAAAAUGCUGCCACCGAUCGGGAAGUGUAUGCGGACGUGGUGGAAAUUUGCAUCAACAAGGAGCUGAAUGCAACGUAUGGUUUGCUGGCCUACACAGAGAUACUGACGUGCGAUAAAUCAUCCGAUGAGACUGUUAUAGAUGCACUUGAUAUCUCGUUCUUGAUUAUUCUUUGUCUGCUCGUAAGCUGCGUGAUCCUUUCGUCAUGGUACGACAGCUCGAUCAACUACAAACUCAACUCGGAACAUUACAAACAAGCGCUCGAUAGUAAACGUAAAAUGGUUUGGGUGUCGUUCUCCAUACAGCGCAACUGGUACCGCUUAACGUCCCGUACGCGAGAUGAAACGCAUCAAAAGUUACGUUUCUUUCAGGCGUUUCGAUUUAUCACAAUGUCAUUCGUUAUCUUUGGCCAUGCUGCACUAUUGCUUGCCGUCACACCGACCACCCAUUCGGAAAAACUGGAGAAAAUGAUGCACAAUAUCUUUAGCAUGAUUCUCACGAACGGUGUGCAGAUCACGCAAACAUUUCUCGCGAUGAGUGGAACACUGCUGGCGAUACAGGUUAUGAGUUUGGCGGAAAGACGAAAGGGUCGGGUUAGCUUCUUUUACGUUCCGGUGGCAAUUCUUUAUCGGUACAUAAGGUGGGUAAGAAUUAAAGGAAAAUCUCUUCUGGAAGAAGGAAAACCCUGUAUUUCGGGUUGUAAUUUUAGCUGCGUUUUUUAUUAGGUGCGCUGGAUUUAUGACUAGGAACAAUGUAUUUCCACAGCUUUUAAGGCUCGA